CUGAACUUCAAGGAAAAGAAAUAGAUUGCCAACGUCGUUGUUCUGGAUAGGCGGCUGAUUCAUAGGCAGACAUGUUCCGCAAUCAGUAUGAUAACGAUGUCACUGUAUGGAGCCCUCAGGGACGCAUUCAUCAGAUCGAGUAUGCUAUGGAGGCAGUAAAGCAAGGAUCUGCCACGGUUGGACUCAAAUCACGUUCCCAUGCAGUUCUUGUGGCUUUGAAGAGAGCUCAGUCAGAGCUUGCUGCCCACCAGAAGAAAAUUCUCCAUGUUGAUAACCAUGUGGGCAUCUCCAUUGCUGGACUGACAGCAGAUGCUCGAUUGCUUUGUAACUUCAUGCGGCAGGAGUGCUUGGAUUCACGAUUUGUGUUUGACCGACCCCUUCCAGUGUCUCGCCUUGUUUCACUAAUUGGAAGCAAAACCCAGAUUCCCACACAGAGAUACGGCAGGAGGCCCUACGGAGUAGGACUUCUCAUCGCAGGAUAUGAUGACAUGGGGCCCCACAUCUUCCAGACCUGUCCGUCAGCAAACUACUUCGACUGCAAAGCCAUGUCCAUCGGCGCCCGCUCCCAAUCUGCCCGCACUUACCUCGAGAGGCACAUGGACACCUUCCUGGACUGUAAUCUGAAUGACCUUGUGCAGCAUGGCCUGCGUGCGUUGCGAGAAACCCUGCCUGCAGAACAGGAUCUCACCACCAAGAAUGUCUCCAUUGGCAUCGUGGGUAAGGAGAUGGAGUUUACCAUCUACGAUGAUGACGAUGUCCAACCUUUCCUCGAGGGACUGGAGGAGAGGCCACAGCGAAAGCCCGCUCAACCAGCUGACGAGCCCAUGGUGUACUGAGAGGGCCAGUGAGCAUCCAGGAUCCUUUUGAACAGCAGAGCAACGGUCGGCAGGGCAACUCUGUGUUCAGUUCUGCUCGGUUACCAAACACACAGCAGCUGCCACUCCAUGGAGACACUGCAAGCAAACGGCUGUAAUGUAAUACAAUACAAUACCAUAUAAAAAAAUCUUAACUUUUUUGUGCCAUCUGCACACUUUGACAAGUAGGAUGUCUGUUUUCUAUAUGUAUGAGCUUUGGAAUCCAAUUAAAAAAGGUUUUGUUUUCUGA